AUUGCCGCCAUUACUGACGGUGACGGCCCUUUCCUUCACUCCAAAUCCCAUUAAUUAGUAUCCACAUAAUGCCAAAUCACAACUAUUAUUAAUAUUAUUUUAAAAUUUCCCUUUUUAUAGUACACCAGUUUUAUGAAUAAGGGCCUCCAUCUCACUCACUCACUUGUUGCAGCCCAUUAGUUUAUUUAUAAAAACCCUCUUUCCAGCUUAAAUUUCUUCUGCCCUUUAGAUUUUUCAGAGUCGUUUCCUUUUCUCUAUUCUCUAUUCUCCGCACGGUUUCUUAAUGAUGGCGGCUGAAGUUAGCUCUCUGGUUAGGAUUAUGAACUCAGCUGGUGGUGGUGAGUUGAAUGAGUCAUCGUCUUCAUCAUCUUCAGGGAAUAAAUCAACGGUGUUGAUCACACGGGACUUGCUCGGGGGUUGUCGUUCUCUUGAUUCGAAGGAAUUGGACCUCGACUUGCAGGUUCCUUCUGGCUGGGAAAAGCGCCUCGACUUGAAGUCAGGAAAAGUAUAUCUACAGAGGUGCAAUUCUUCCAAUUCUUCGUCGACGACCAUGGAACAGAAGCAACAAAACCAUCAAACAGUUGGAAAGCUUCAAGACCUUAAUUUCCCUCCUGCAUCAAAGCAGCCACUCAACCUCUUCGAUGAACCCAACUUAGACCUUAAGCUGCUUCCUUCAUCAUCCACUUCACCAUCAUCAUCUAGUUAUCACAGCGUAUGCACCUUGGAAAAAGUGAAAUCAGCUCUGGAAAGAGCAGAGAAACAAACAACCCGGAAACGCUCAAUAUCAGUGUCAAUGUCAUCAUCUCCAACUUCAAAUUCCUCAUCCUCAAUCGUGGAUACGGAGAUUGAUCAAGAGAACCUAUGCCCUUCCCUUGCUGCUGGUUGCCCAAGUUGCCUUCUUUACGUGCUAAUAUCAAAGAAUGAUCCUAAAUGCCCUCGAUGCCAUACUGUCGUUCCAUUACCUGUGGCAAUGAAGAAGCCUCGGAUUGAUCUUAAUAUAUCCAUAUGAGAGUGAAGAACCAAGAAUCAUUUUGAUAUUUUUUGUAAAGAUAAAAGGUAUAAUCUUGUAAGUUAUAGAAUGGUAUAUACAUGUUUCAUAGGAUGGAUGUUCCUUCUUAGUAGUGUAGAAUAUAAAAUCACCAGAUCCUCUUUGGGAUUGCCUGCCUUUCCCCCUCAUUUAUGUUGAUUAAUACAUGCUUGAACUUUAUUCAAUCUUUUGGCUAUCUGCAUGUACUACUAGAUAUUUGAGACUCCUGUUGCAGUUGCUAUUGUAACUGUGGUAAUUUAGACAGUCAAGUCAUGAAUGGAAAUCUUGGCAUUCUGGCCAUGCAGUAUCUACGUGUGAUUUUUGAAUUGUUCGGAAGAAAGCUUGUAUAAGA